AUGUAUCUUUCUGACGAACCCAGUCUGUCCUGCACAAGUUUAAAUACCAGGGAAGUGUUUAUUUCUCUCUCUCUCUCUCUCUCUCUCUCUCUCUCUCUCUCUCUUUUAUCUAUCUCUGUCUUUCUCUCUCUCGCUGUCUUCACGAUAGCCCAAAUCAGAACUCCGAUCCUCGGAGCGGAUUUCCUCGCCCACUUUAACUUGUCAGUUAUCAUGUCUUCUCUUUCUUUGGAAGAUAAAACGACCAACUUUACCAGGAAAGGGGUUACAUCUAUGUAUACGACCACAUGUAUCAGCGCAACUCUACCUGAAACCAACGGAAUGAAGGAUCUGUUACAAAAAUAUUCUCAAAUUACAACACCAUUCUGGUAUACAGAAACCGUUCGUCACAAUGCUGAGCACCAUAUUUAUACUACGGGCCCACCUACGCAUUCAUCUCCACGGCGAUUGAGGCCUGAUAAAUAUAAACUGGCGAAAGCCGAGUUUCAGCACUGGACCUCGGUAUAA